AUGAUACCGCUCCCGCUGGGACUCUGUCUUCUCUUCUUCUCCUUGUCUGAAGUCUCGUCCCUCGCCAUCUUUCUUCCUCAACCGUCCACGUCCCCGCUGUCGCUGCGUGUGCCGUAUCCUCGCUGGACACCCGCUCUGCCUCACCCCUCUCCUUCUCGCCCGUCUGGAGAGAAGACUCUGUUUCCUCUCCCUCGUCUCUCGUCUCCCGUCUCUCCCUUCCCCCCCGCCUCCGCUUUGUCAAUUUCAUCUGUCUACCGCCCUCCGACUUCUCGUGUGACCGCUCCUCAGACUGAAUUUCCUUGUUCGCCACAGCCGUCGUUUUCCGCCUCUUUGGCUUCUCCGGUCUCUGCUGGUCCUUCCGGUGUCUUUCCCAUUCUGGUGCAUGCUUCCCCCGUGUCGCCCGUCGCCUUCUGCGCGUUUCCGGCCUCUCGGAAGACAGUCGCUCUCGCGCGACGCAGUGGAGCAGAGACACCCGGCAGGAGACAGGAGACGGCGGCGCACUCUUUGGGAGUUUCGCAGUCGACGCCUGCCUUCUUUCCGUCGCCUCUGAGACUCCAGUUUUCGCGCGCUCCCCCUCCAACCAGGCGGCGAUACUCCUUUUCGGAGCUCCUCGAGCAUGCAGGGGAAACCAGUGCCGAAAAGGCAAGUGUGCCGUUUCCGUUUUCGCUGAAUGGAGACUCGCGGUUCUCGUACACCUCUUCUGCCUUCUCGCGCCUUGCUUCUCUCCGAAUCGCUGACUCUGGAAAUGAAACCGACAGGGGAGAGAGACGCGAAGCAGCCGAGGACUCCCAGACUCUGGGAGAGGGACUACACCCAGGGGAGCAGCUGUCGACGGCCGACGAGCCCUCGCGACGCGUCUCCGGCGAGUCCGUUCUGUCUCCUCGCUUGUCGCAAAAGGCCUCUGUCGCCCCAAGGAAUGAAACGAGUGAGACGGCCCGCUCACCGCAGCUUUCCAACACUGUCAGGAACCUCGAGGAGAGACACGGAGACUUCCCCACUUCCUGUUCUGACUCGCAUCCAUCAUCUUCCGAUUCACCUGGUUCUCCUGACUUCCGCGAGAGACUCGGAGGACCACGGGAUGCUUCUUCUGUCUCCUCCCCGUCCUCGUCGCGUUCGCUUCCCUCUUUCGGCACUCGAGGCGAGAUACGCCGAAAACCUCCCCGUGUCACAUCGUCUGCCCAUAGUGCAGCUGCCGACCGCGGAGCCCCCUUUCGUCUCUUCUCCUUCUCCCCUCCCUCGCUGUCUCUCUUCUUGCCUCUUCGACGGAGUUCCCCACAUCGCUCGAUACCUCUCUUCUCUCCUCUUUCCUCUCCUCUCUUCUCUGCUCUUUCCUCUCCUCCUUCCUCGUCCAGGUUUUCUUUGUCUUCUCGCGCCUCGCUUUCUUCGUCUCCGUCUCCCGGGCAGUCUUCAUCUGCCUGGUACCGCUGGGUGCAUGCAUUUGCCUCGACGGUUUGCUCGCCGUUCUCCAAGCUCCGCACCUGCGCGGCGUCUUUCCUCUCUGCGGGCGGUCUGAAGCCGGCAGCGCCUCCGUCCCUUGAAUCCGACGCGUCCCGGAGAGAGGCGCUUGGUCUCGCGCGUUUGAGAGGCGUCUUCCGGAAGAUUGCCUCCCGCGUUUCUGCGCUCGGAUCGCAAGCGAAUGCCCGGCUCCGCGACUCCUUCCUGGCGCAAGCUGCGCUGGUCCUCGCCAUCUACUUUGUGCACUUUGCGUACAUCUCCCAGCAGUCAUUCGUCUUGCCUGUUCAACUCUUGCCGAAUCGCCGCGGCCUUUUCCAGCAUGUCCAGGGCGACUCCCUCGCGGGGUGGGCUGCCCUAGGCGCGCUGCUUCUUUCACGAAACGCUGCGACUCGAGAUUCCGCAGACUGCAACUCCACUCCUUCUUCUGGUCCUUCUUUUAGUAGUGAAUCUUCUGCACGUUCGGCUUCCUUCGCUGCGACGCCGUCGUUCUCAGGCCGCUCCUCGAAUGCGAAUCCGUCGUCUGAGUCGCCGCUUUCUGCUUCGGGCGAGAACCUCUCUCCAUGUGUUUCAACGCCUCGCGAAAGCUCCGGCCGCCAAGGCGGGGCGAGCUGUGACGCGGGGGCGGACCAUUCCACGCCGGCGGAGAAAAGGAACCUUUUCAAUGCAGCCGCUUCUGCGUGUUUUGAGAACGGGGAAGAGAAGACAAAGUGCAAAGGGGAUCGGCCCAAACGGCUUUCGUCCGUUUCUCAGAGGUUGCCUUGGCAGGGCCCUUUCCCGGCGUUCUGGAAGAGCGCGACGCUGCUUCUCGCCCUCUUUGGUUCCUACGUGCUCUCGGGCUACGUGGCGUGCGGCUUGGACCUUCUUUUUUACUUUCUGCAUGCAGCAGGAGUCGUGUCUCUAGACCUCGCGAUGCAUCGCUCGCUCCAGGUUCUGCUGGCGCAUCUCGCGUGGGUGUUCAUGGGAAUGUCGCUCUUCAAGUUGUCCUCGAAACACUUCUUCCGGAGUGCCUGGGCGUCCCCGCCGAGCGACGCGCAUGCCUCCCGACUGCAUGCAGAGACGCCGGACGCGCCCCGGCCAGGCGUCGACCCGCCCUUGUGCCGUGGAACGGGCGGCGACGCCGUGAAGCUCUCGAGGGCAGAUUUUGGGAUCGACCGGGAGACCACGGGGGAAUCGGCCACGCUAGCGGGACGCGUCGAGGCGCCAGCAGCUGGGCCAGCCGCUCAAGAAGGCCACAGCGACAGAAACGAAGAGACUGACGCAGCUUCCGAAAGAUCUACAGAGGGCUUGCGCGUGGCAUCGUCUUCCUCGGCCUCAGCCCCCGGGCCGUCUCGCCCCGUCUCCUUCCUCCAGUCGCUUCCAGGUGGGCCAAGAGUGCAAGAAGGCGGAGAACGUUUUCUGGCGAGCGAGGCGAGUUCGGAAGCGCGUCUCAACUUGGACGGCGUUGCGCCUGGCGACAGCCGGUCUGCAGCUUCUGCGCGGGUGUUUGAAGGCUGUUUGUUUGCAUCCGACAUCGGGGGCGAGGAAGCGCCACGUGGGCGAGGGAUACAGACGGCGUCGGUCUCUUCGUCCGGCCGCUUCAGUCGAGUGUGCGACGCUUUCCGCAGACUCUGGCGGAAGGAGGCGCGGCCGCGCGCGCUCGGGCGUGGCCAGGAGAGCCAGGCGCAUCGGGCACCUCGCGCGUCUCGCGGUCAGGCGAAGGCUGAAGCAGCCGCGCCGCGCUUCGCUGGAAGCUGCCUAGACACCGCGGCAGGAACGUGCACAGACUGUAGCGCUGCCGCGGGGACGCGUGGCCGGCCGAUGUUCGCACGGCGCGCUCACUCCAGAUGGUUCACGUUUCGCGGUCGAGGGAAGGGCGGACUGUGGGCUUGGUGGGUUGUUUCCGGCUAUCUCGUGUCGUGUCUCUUCUUCAACCUGACUGAGUUCGUCAACGAAGCCUUGAUGGAUCUUCUUCCCGACGAACCGCAGGGUCCGACGAUUGUCCAGCACAUCAUGAAUCCGACGCUCAACACGCGGUGGUCGUUCCUCGUCGGGGCACUGGCCCCGUGCCUCUCAGCCCCCUGGUGGGAAGAGCUGCUCUACCGCGGGUUCUGCCUCCCUCUCUUCUCGCAGGUCAUGGUUCUCCCAGCUGCAGCGACGCUCUCUUCGCUUCUCUUCGCCGUUCACCACAUGAACGUGCAAACUGUGCUGCCUUUGUGGGUUUUGGGACUCACGUGGACGGCGGUGUACCUACAGUCGCAGAACCUUCUGACGACCGUCCUCAUCCACGCCAUGUGGAACAGUCGCAUCUUCCUCGGAAACCUCUUCGGUUUGUGA